AUUUUGUGGUGGAGGCGGUCUUCAGGAAUCGCCUAGAUAAAACAAUUCCUACAGGUUAAUUGUUAAACAAAUUAGUUUGAGGAUAGAAAAUUGAAUGGCGUCUUGUAUAAAUUUUCAACAAUUAUCCUCCCGAAUUCACUUGACAAAAUGAAUUAUUUCUCUGAAUGCACUUGAGUGGCAAGUGCAUCUGGAGGCGCUGAUGGAGAUGCAUUUGGAAAAUUUUCUCCGGCAUCUCUCAGUAUCCUCCAAUGGUCUCUCCACAGGUAAAAUGUAGAGGGGAAUUGCAGACGCACCGUUGGUUAUAACGGGUGUGGGGUUUCAAAGUCGGGGGACAGGUAGAGAGGGGUCCCUGACAGGCCCAAACCCGUAUACAUGUGAUUGGUCAUAGUGUUGAACAUCGUGCCCAAAACGUUUGCGUCUAACAUCAAUCGGUUUUUCUUAUUACCGAUUUUUAUUGUCAUUGUUGAAUGAUUGUUUGAGAAUUCGCGGUUUCGCGGUAUCGCGGUUUAGCGUUUUUUUCUUGAAUUUUAAUUACGCGGAGGUUCAGGUGUUUAGGGCUUUCAUGUAUUCCAAGUGCCCGACAUAUCGUUCAGUUGUACUUUUCGUGUGGUACGACAUGUCUGAUACUUUUUAUCAUCCCUAAAAUUUCUGAGAAUGGCUUUUCUUUGUCCUGUUCGCAUACGCCGGGGAACGAAGAAGAAAUCUGGCGUUCACAAUUUUAAUCUUGAGAGAGAUGGACUCGGUGGCUCGAGCAUUGGACUUGGAUCCAAUCGAGCGACUUUGCCACCAGGACGUAUCACUGGAAGUGCCAGUAUUGAAACCCUCGUGAGAGUUGGAAUUGAAAAGGAAAAUGGUUUAUCUCCAGACAGCAAAAUGGUUAUUGUUCAUGAUUUCACACCGUGCGUUGAUGAUGAACUUCAAGUUAAAAGAGGACAGGUAGUCAAUAUUUUAUACAGAGAGAACGACUGGGUUUACGUGAUCGCAGCGGAUACGAGAAUGGAAGGAUUUGUUCCUCACUCUUACUGCACCCCUUAUACGUCACAACUUGCAGAGCAAACACUCGCGAGUCUCAUGAAUAAUAUAAAGAAAAAAUUGCCACGAUCUCACGAAGGGGAUGGGGAUCUCGUCAACAACGGACGAUCCCAAGUCGAGUCACAGCACACGGACACCGGAUCUGCUUCGGACUGUGAAAGUUAUAUUCGAAAUAUCACGACUGCCGAUGUUAAUCGAACCCACAUGACUCAAUCUCAGAGCUCCAUUCAAGCUACACCCCAGCCUGACGUUCAUCCCUUCUUCAAGGACCCAUCGGCUGGGAGGUACAUCGUCCUGUACACCUUCGUGGCUCGAGAUGAGAAUGACGUGAGUGUGGAAAGGGGUGAAUUCGUAACAGUCCUGAAUCGUGAUGAUCCUGAUUGGUUCUGGGUACUUCGACACUGUGAUGGCAAUGAGGGAUUCGUCCCAUCAGGUUUUGUAUAUCCUGGACACGUACUGCAUUCAUAUGCCACUACUGGGACCACCACAACAACAACAACUGCUACUAGUGAUGUCUCACAUGUAUUAGGCCAUAGGAAUGGAGCAUCAAACGAUCGACAGCUUCAGCAAAAAGAUCUGCGAGACUUCAGAGAUGAAGCGACUGGGACUGAACUAGUGGUUUUAUAUGAUUACAAGGCGCAGGCGCCGGAUGAUCUCUCUGUAAAAAGGGCAGAUUGGAUUUAUGCUGAUCUCGGUAAUCAGACUGUCGAUGGAUGGCUGUGGGCCUAUGCCCCAAAAACCCGAAAAUACGGUUUUAUACCGAAAGCUUACGCUCGUCCUCCUGCCAUGACAAGUUUGUAAUAAUCAUUCCACAAAUUUGCGCCUCGAUAAAUAUCAAUAUAAAUCCCUCACCCUUCGAUUAAUAAACUUUACUGAAUAAUAAAGCCGUCUUGAACCUCGAAGAAAUUAUAUGAGCAAUCAUUUUUUUUUUGCGGAGGGAAAACGGAAAAAAGUCUGCAGGUGACAACUUCGUAAUGGAAAUUGGUGAUUUAAUUAAUAAAAUUAAUACUGAUAAGAGAAA